AUGAAUAGAUACAUUUCAUUAGCAACUACUCCAUACACUGUCCAAGAUGUAUUAUCUGAAUUGCUGAAGGCGUCAUCUACUAAGAAGAAGCUACCAAUUGUCGGUAUGUUCCUUUGCCAAUUUGAUAUGAGGAAAGGUAACGUAAAAAUUUGGUCCCAGUUAAAUGAACAAUACAAAGAUAAUGAAUUGGUUCUUGAGAAUAUCGAAUUCAAAACUUUACCGUCCGGUCUUCAUGCAUCUUCAGAAGAUGUUAUCACUUUUACAAUACCCAGAAAUUCAUUGGCCAAUGAAGAUGUACGAAAUGAGCCGUUCUAUGGGGUUGCUUAUUACAAUCAAAAUAGUUAUGAUAUUAUGGAAGGCCAUUCUGAAAUAGAUCGAUCUAAAGUUAGAAUGUACGCCUUUGGUGUUAUUGUUAAUCCAGUUGAAAAAGUAAAAGACAAUCCAUUUGCAUCGAUAACAAUGGUUAAUAAGUACAUAGAUAAUUUAGAAGAUACUUUAAAGGAAUGGUUAAAUCUGAACGAUGAUUUGAAUUUUGCUAUAUUUGAGGAGUUCUUUACUGAGAACUCAACUAGGGAAAAUCAAUCUCAAAUUUUAGAUAGUGUUGUAGAGGAAAAUAUUACGAUAAAUUCUUCUAGAAGAAGACAUAUGGUAGAGUAUCUUCCCUUUUGGUUUAGGAAGUUUGGUCCUCUAAUUUUUACAAUCUGGAAAGAAUGUUUAUUAGAUAAACGUAUUUUAAUAUUAAAUGGGAGCGGCGAAUCAUUGGAAACAUGCAAUUCUUUGUGUUUCUAUAUGUCAUUAUUAUCGAUGAAAACCAAUGAAAUAUCGACUGAUCAGAAAUUUAUAACACCGUUAUUCACUGUAGGAACUACCGAUAUCGAUAGCCUGAAACGCUUAUCUCAUUAUUCUUACAUCGCUUGUACAAAUGAUGAGAUAUUAGCAGACAAACAAGAACUUUAUGACAUAUUAAUUAGAUUACCUUCUCAUACAAUGGAAAGUGAAGAAGAAGCACCUGUAAAGAUAUUCACAAACAAUGGUACUCAAAUUAAGGCCACACGAAACGAUUUUGAACAAUACGAACUUUUCGUAAAAGAACAUCUUCAUGAAGAAGUAUCGGGUUCUCUAAAGCGAAGUUGUUUAAAUGUAACUGAGCCCGUAUCAUGGUCUCAAUUUUUUAUUGAUAGUGCAUAUUGCAUAGCGACAGCUGGUACUGUAGCGGCACCCUUCCAUUUUCAUCCAGAAGUUAUAGAUAUUGGUGAUAUUAAUGAAGCUUCUGACAAGGCCGAUGGUAUAUCUAGUAUAGCAGAACCAUUAAAGUUUUCUUUGUUUUUCAAUAUCAAGACAAAGAGACUUUACGACGCAUUAGAGACAAUCUUAAAUGAAAAUGAAUCUUUGGAUUCUGAUGGACCAAUCCAUAUCUCGUCACAUUCGUUAUUGAAAUUAAAUUUGGAUUGUUUUAGCUCUCAAGAUAAACAAUUUGUAGAACAAUUCUGUCAGCUAUACUUCAACCGCAAGAUUGCUAUUGAUUAUUAUGAGUACUUCAAAGCUUUUUGUUAG